CAGAGGGCAUUCUCGGCGGUGGCGGAGGCUUCCCGGCUCGGGUCUCCCUUUUUUUGCACCACAGUGCCCCUCCUACCAGCCCAGGGAGCAGAGGAGCCAUUCCACCUGCCCCAUGCCCGACCAAGAUCCACCUGAUGUGCCCUGAGAUAGCCCCACCCUCCCCGGCCGCUCCGCCCUGGAAUCCCCAGGGGACUCAAGAAGCCCCUGGACUUCUGGGAAGAGACCCCUCCCAACACACACCUUCGUGCCCUCUAGCUCCUCUCCCCUAUCUGGGAACCCUUCUCUGGAAGGGGUGUGGUGUGGACAGUGCUGCUUUUCCCUGGGAUGCCCAACUACUGGCCCCUCCCCUGGGCUUUCUCCUUCCUCCCACCCCCUCUAAUUCCACACCUUCCCAUCUCUGGAAUCUGGCAAGAAAUACGGAACAGCAGGGUUGGGGCAGACGCUGCCCUCUCAGGGAGGUACUGAGCCUAUUCCCGUUACCAGGUGUUGCAGUGUCCCAGCUUCUAAGUGACCAGCGGCACGGUGCCAUGUCUCAUCGUCCACCCCCCGACGUUGCCACUGAUGACUGUCUCCGAAGUUAUAGCUACCUCUUCAGCCCAGAUAUCCUUCGUGACAAAGUGGCCUUUAUCACUGGAGGAGGCUCAGGAAUUGGGUUCCGAAUUGCAGAAAUUUUCAUGCGGCACGGCUGCCAGACGGUCAUUGCUAGCAGAAACCAGCAAAGGGUGUCUGAUGCAGCCAAGAAACUGAUUGCUGCUACUGGUCAGCAGUGCCUUGCCCUGUCUCUGGAUGUCCGGCAGCCUCAGACCAUUACUGCCGCAGUCGAUAAGGCUCUGAAGAUGUUUGGCAAGAUUGACAUUCUCAUCAAUGGUGCGGCAGGUAAUUUUUUGUGUGCAGCCAGCAGCAUUUCCUUCAAUGCAUACAAAACUGUAAUCGAUAUUGAUACAAUUGGCACCUUCAAUGUCUCCAAAGUCAUGUUUGAGAAGUACUUCCAGGACCACGGUGGGGUAAUCAUUAACAUCACUGCUACCCUGGACUACCGAGGGCAGGCGCUCCAGGUGCAUGCAGGCACUGCCAAGGCAGCCGUGGAUGCAAUGACAAGGCACUUGGCUGUGGAGUGGGGUCACCACAACAUCCGAGUUAAUAGCCUGGCUCCGGGCCCCAUCAGUGGCACUGAAGGAGUGCGUCGACUUGGUGGCCGUCGAUCCAACUGGGAGAGAAUUAUUUUGGGAAGCCCUCUCCAGAGAUUGGGGAACAAGACUGAGAUUGCCCACAGUGCACUGUACUUGGCCAGUCCGUUAGCAUCCUAUGUGACAGGCACAGUCCUGGUGGUGGAUGGUGGGAGCUGGCUGACUUCUGCCAACGAAUACAUGAUGUCGUUGGGGACUGAAACUUCCAAACUCUAGGUAGCUGCCCUGCUGAGAUAAAUGGAAGAGGAUUCUUAACUCAGACCUACUUUUUGAUCCAGUGCUACAGCUUUCUCCCAGAAGUCUUUCCUGCCCUCUUCUCCCCUUGAUUCCCUCUGGCAUGCCAAGCUAUUUCAAGGCAAAGCUGUAGGGUGCUGAAUCUAGCAAGCCCAUUUCUCAGUCUUUCCACUCAGGGUUUUCUGGCAAAAAAACCUGGUGAAUCUACAAACAUCCACUCCUUUCUAGUGGCCCCAUGGCAGAUGCUACCAGGCAGGUUAUGGGGGCCAAUUUGAUGAACUGCUGAUAAGAUAAUCUUUUAUUAGAGGGUAGGACUGGAUUGGGUUCAAACAAACUAAUAAAACUUUUGUAAGCGA